GCAGCCCCAGUUCAGUGCACUGUGGCGGCGGGGGUGGCGGGAGCAGCUGGCGCCGUGCGGUCCACUUCGGCACUGGGACUCACCGGAGGGCGGACGGCUGCUGGAACAGAAGAGAUCCUGGGAGGGCGGGCUGAGAGCCGAGGCCGGGGCUGCGCGUGACUCCGGAGCGGCGCCCUCCCACCGGCGCCGGAGCCGGGCGUGGAGGGGGGUGCAGCAUGCCCGCGCGCGCGGCUUGAGGACACCGCGGCCCCCUCUCCAGCCAUGGUAGUCUCGGCCUGCGUGCUAGCGUUCUGCUUUGCGGUCGUGGCCGGAGCUACCUCUGAGCCACCUGGCCCAGAGCAGCGAGUUGUGCGGAGAAUAGCAGAGGUUCCAGGGCCUGAGCCUAGCCAGCAGGAGCAGGUGGCCUUUGGCAGUGGGGACACCGUGGAGCUAAGCUGCCAUCCCCCUGGAGGUGCCCCCAUAGGUCCCACUGUCUGGGCUAAGGAUGGCACAGGACUGGUGGCCUCCCACCGCAUUCUAGUGGGUCCCCAGAGGCUCCAGGUACUGAAUGCCUCCCAUGAGGAUGCGGGCGUCUACAGCUGCCAGCAGCGGCUCACUCAGCGUGUGCUGUGCCACUUCAGUGUGCGUGUGACAGAUGCUCCAUCCUCGGGAGAUGACGAAGAUGGGGAGGACGUGGCUGAAGACACAGGGGCCCCUUAUUGGACUCGACCAGAGCGUAUGGAUAAGAAACUGCUGGCUGUGCCAGCUGCAAACACUGUCCGCUUCCGCUGCCCAGCUGCUGGCAACCCUACCCCCUCCAUCUCCUGGCUGAAAAAUGGCAAAGAGUUCCGAGGGGAGCACCGCAUAGGGGGCAUCAAGCUUCGGCACCAGCAGUGGAGCCUGGUCAUGGAGAGUGUGGUGCCCUCGGAUCGUGGCAACUAUACCUGCGUGGUAGAGAACAAGUUUGGCAGCAUCCGGCAGACCUAUACCUUGGAUGUGCUGGAGCGUUCCCCGCACCGGCCCAUCUUGCAGGCUGGGCUGCCAGCCAACCAGACAGCCGUUCUGGGCAGUGACGUGGAGUUCCACUGCAAGGUGUACAGCGAUGCACAGCCACACAUCCAGUGGCUGAAGCAUGUGGAAGUGAAUGGCAGCAAAGUGGGCCCUGAUGGCACGCCCUACGUCACUGUACUCAAGUCCUGGAUCAGUGAGAAUGUGGAGGCGGACGCACGCCUCCGCCUGGCCAAUGUGUCGGAGCGGGACGGGGGCGAGUACCUCUGUCGAGCCACCAAUUUCAUAGGCGUGGCCGAGAAGGCCUUUUGGCUGCGUGUUCACGGGCCCCAAGCAGCUGAGGAAGAGCUGAUGGAAGCUGAUGAGGCUGGCAGCGUGUAUGCAGGCAUCCUCAGCUAUGGGGUGGGCUUCUUCCUCUUCAUCCUGGUGGUGGCAGCUGUGACACUUUGCCGCCUUCGCAGUCCCCCAAAGAAGGGCCUGGGCUCACCCACCGUGCACAAGGUCUCUCGCUUCCCGCUUAAGCGACAGGUAUCCUUGGAGUCCAACUCCUCUAUGAACUCCAACACACCCCUGGUCCGCAUUGCCCGGCUGUCCUCAGGAGAAGGUCCUGUUCUGGCCAAUGUUUCUGAACUUGAGCUGCCUGCCGACCCCAAGUGGGAGCUAUCCAGGACCCGGCUGACACUCGGUAAGCCUCUUGGAGAAGGCUGCUUUGGCCAGGUUGUCAUGGCAGAAGCUAUUGGCAUUGACAAGGACCGCACUGCCAAGCCUGUCACUGUGGCUGUGAAGAUGCUGAAAGAUGAUGCCACUGACAAGGACCUGUCGGACCUGGUGUCUGAGAUGGAGAUGAUGAAAAUGAUUGGCAAGCACAAGAACAUCAUCAACCUGCUGGGGGCCUGUACCCAGGGUGGGCCCCUGUAUGUGCUGGUGGAGUAUGCAGCCAAGGGCAACCUACGGGAGUUCCUGCGGGCACGGCGGCCUCCAGGCAUGGACUACUCCUUUGAUGCCUGCAGGCUGCCAGAAGAGCAGCUUACUUGCAAGGAUCUAGUGUCUUGUGCCUACCAGGUGGCACGGGGCAUGGAAUACCUGGCUUCCCAGAAGUGCAUUCACAGAGACUUGGCUGCCCGAAACGUCCUGGUGACCGAGGACAAUGUGAUGAAGAUUGCAGACUUUGGCCUGGCCCGUGAUGUGCACAACCUAGACUACUACAAGAAGACCACAAAUGGUCGACUACCUGUGAAGUGGAUGGCACCAGAGGCCCUGUUUGACAGAGUCUACACCCACCAGAGUGAUGUCUGGUCCUUUGGGGUCCUUCUCUGGGAGAUCUUUACACUGGGAGGCUCACCGUAUCCUGGCAUCCCAGUGGAAGAGCUUUUCAAGCUGUUGAAAGAGGGCCACCGCAUGGACAAGCCAGCCAACUGCACACAUGACCUGUACAUGAUCAUGCGGGAAUGUUGGCACGCAGUGCCUUCACAGAGGCCCACCUUCAAGCAGCUGGUAGAAGAUUUGGACCGCAUCCUUACUGUGACGUCAACGGAUGAAUACCUGGAUCUAUCGGUGCCUUUUGAGCAGUACUCGCCAGGUGGCCAGGACACUCCUAGCUCCAGCUCUUCGGGGGAUGACUCUGUGUUCACCCAUGACUUGCUGCCCCCAGGUCCACCCAGUAAUGGGGGACCUCGGACAUGAGGGGCCAAGAGUCCUACAGACCAAGCCCAAGCCAAUGUUUACGCGGAGCCUAGCCCGCCCUGCUACUGCUGGUGUGCCAUGGACCCCAGCCAGCCCAGUGUGAUGGGCCAACAGUAGACAGGACUUCCUGUGUGUGUGUGUGUGUGUGUGUGUGUGUGUGUGUGUGUGUCCUUGGCUCCUGGCUGCAGAGGCCCCCUGGGAACAUGCACUGCUGUAUAGCGGUCUCCUGACUGGCCAGGGUCAGGAGCACCAAAUGUAGAAUGUAAGAGGGCCCAGCCUGUGCAACCCUGGGGUUCUGGCUCCCUCAUUCCCCACUGCCACCUCGCAGGGACCAUUGCAGAGAGGAUCUACUCCGUGUCCAGGGUGGACCUCGGCCUUUCUGGUGCCCAAAGCUGAGCCUGCAGGGAAGCUGUGCCCUAGGUGGCAAGCCUCUCUGCUACAUGGCACCUUGUGCUGGGGGUGAGUCACAAUUCUCCACCUCCAGGCCUUUCACUUCUCACUCUGCCCCUCAGACUGAAAUUACGGGUACCUGAAGGUGGGAGCCAUAACUUCUAUCAGAAAGGUUUAUUCCAGAAGCAAAUGUACAUUUAUAUAAAUAGAUGUCCUGUAUGAUAUAUAUUAUAUACAUACAUAUAUAUAAAAUAAUAUCUAUAUGGAGGCAGGCAAAGCUGAGGUCCAGAGGAGC